CGCGAGCAACACGACGCGCAAGAACGAGGCAGAAAAGGACGCGGAAACGCGAGGCAGAAGAGGAUGAGUCGGCAGUCACGAGAUCAACCUGACUAUUCUUUGGGGAGCCGACUGGAGUGAGUGGAGAAUAUACGGGGUUUUAUACCGCCACCAGAUUACCAGCAGAUGCUUACUGCAUCAACUCGUGGCUGUGCGUCAGUUCUUCAGCCUCGUCCAUAGGUGCUCAAGCGCACUGCAUGCAUAUGUAUGACCGGUGGCUGUGCAAACCCCACAUGAAAAGCGCAAUGUCAGCCUGCCCAUCACAUCACUAUUUCCCUCCGUUGCCAACAUGUCAUUUGGUUUCUCUGUCGGCGACCUCAUCGGCGCCGCAAACCUCACCUACAGACUCAUCGCAGCCUUGCGUGAAAACCAUGACGCCGGCGAGGAGUACCGCUCUGCGAUCGACGAGCUGGGGUGCUACCAGACCGCCCUCAUGAAGGUCUCCUAUCUGGGACGCAACAACAACGUCCCCCGUGACACGUUCGACGCGGCAUCCCACAUGGUCAUGCAGUCCAUGGACAUGAUACAGUCCUACCUGGACCAGACGAAGAAGUACGACCAGAAGCUCGGCAGGGAUGCGUCUGGGUUCCGGAGCGGGUUCAGGAAGGUCCGCUGGACGCUGAUCAAAGCCGACGACAUGAAGAAACUCAGAGACUCGCUGCAGCGCAGGAACGCUGGUCUGCAACUGCUGCUGCAGUGUGCGGGUUUUGAGACUGAUAGUGCCCCUCCGAAGUAUGUUGGCGAUGUGAGGCAAAUGGAUAGCGUUUCCUUGCCGACUACAAGGAAUGGGCUUCCAGAUCACGACAAAGAUUCUGCUACCGGGGAGGAUGUCCCCGUGGGUCCGUCAGCAGGACUACACGGCAAUGCGUCAAGCAGUAGCAAGUCAACUGGAAACCCUCCAACACUACCAGGUGUUACAGAGCCAUCUACACUGCCAAAUGUUACAAAGUCAUCAACCUUGCCAGAUGUUACGAAGUCAUCGACACUGCCAGACGUCACAGAUCCAUCGAUAUUGCCAAAUAUUAUAGAGCCACCUACCUCGAAAUUGUUCUCGCUCUCUUCGUUCUCCGCUGAACAACUCAGAUCUCUAAUAUCAAAUCAAGCCAGCAGAGAGCACGAAAUUCGAACCCUAAGUACUCUGCUGCGCACGCUCGUCAAGCUCGGAGACUACCAGCUCGAGGAUAGGAAUAGCACAGAUUUCCUGACUCAGCUCGACAGCAUAUGCGACAACUCAGAAGUCCCCAAACUAAGCAAAAGUAUCAAGUUCAAGGAUGCAGUGGGUCGCAAGUUCUCGUUCCCCUGGCGGCUGGCCCAGACCUGGAAUGUACGUGUAUUGGGGCGACACUGACUGAUCGAUACUGACCAAACGCAAGGGCAUAGAAGAACUCAUCAAACAAGCCUUUCUGCAUGUCGACGUCAUAGGCCCCCAUGUUCAUC